CGCCCGCCCUCCCUUUCAUCCUCCUCUCCUCUUCCCUCCGCCUGGCACAGAGAAGAGUGUGAGAGACCGAGCGAGGGAAACGUGGGAAAGAGGAAGACAAUGUACCAAACGCUGCUGCUCUCCUCCUCCCUCUUCAUCCUUCAUGUGAUGGGCACUCCCCAGUUCUUCGCUCACCACGGGAGGAGGGUGUGUGGCCGAGACCUCCGUCACAACGUUGUCACGGCAACGGAGUCCUACGUCCAGCCGGUGCACAAGCCUUACAUCACCCUGUGUCAGGGGCAUCGCCUCUGUAGCACUUACAAAACUGUGUACUCGGUGGCGUACCGGCAGGUGAGCAGAGUGGCGUCUCCUUCACGUUUCUACCCGGACUGUUGCCCGGGCUGGCGGAGAUUCCACUCUCACAACUGCAACCAAGCUGUGUGUGGACAAGCCUGUGUGAAUGGAGGCACCUGCUUAAGACCCAACCAGUGUGCUUGUCCGAUAGGCUGGACGGGCCACCAGUGCCAAACAGAUGUGGAUGAGUGCAGCGAGCAGCGGCCGUGCGCCCAGGGGUGCGUCAACACAGCUGGCAGCUAUCGAUGCGCGUGCAGGGACGGCUUCAGGCUCGCCGGAGACGGCCGUUCUUGUCAAAGCCUUCCUCCUCCUCCUCCUCCUCCUCUUCGUACCACCUCUCCCACUCCCACCCAGCCCAGCCAGGCAACAGUGGGUGGUCACCCUGACGCGGGUGGAAGCUUCAGCCUGGCGGAGAACGUGACGGAGGAGGUACAGAGCCUGAGGAACAGAGUGGAGCUCCUGGAGAAGAAGUUGCAGUUGGUCCUGACCCCGUUCAGCAGCUUCUUCCCGCUGUCGCUGGACGAAGGCCUGUCGGAGAAGACCACCUUACUGUCCCACUCCUUCCAGCAACUGGACCGCAUCGACUCCCUCAGCGAGCAGAUUGGCUUUCUGGAGGAGCGCCUCGGCACAUGUUCUUGCCAGGAGAAUUAACCACCGAACAUCGGCAACCAUCAAGUUAACAGUGACACAAACGUGUCAAGAGUAUUGUACGCAGCAGAAGAAGAAGUGUGUAAGAAGCGAAUGGCAGAAACAACCUCAGUCCUUGUUAUGCAGGGACACAAUCGUGGCACAAAUCAUCUGUGAUUUUUUUCCCCCAACAGGUUCAUUUACUUUUCCUGUUCAAUCAUUGUCAAAUUUGUGAUUUUGUAAAAGUACCUGUAACAGGGUCUGUGUCACCUUUACGUCAUCCCUGUAACAUCUAAAUCAAACCCCCUGAGGGUCAAAGGUUAAACUGGCCACUUUGUUUCUGUGUUUGUUUUUGAAUCAGUGCAGCUGUGUCCUCUGUCUGAGCCCCAGACGUGGACAUCUGUAUUUAUCUAUUUAAAUUAUGAUUACUUUGUAGUUAUUUCUCAGCGUUCCUGUAGACAUUUUUUUACCUAGUUUUGUAACAUUUUGUAAUAAAAAGCCUUAA